GAAUCAGGGCAAACACACUCAGCAGGAGCUCUGAUGCUAACGGAGCUAACAUAGCGCUCACGUUAAGAAAACAAGUGUUUCUGACCAAAUUCAGACAUGUAUAGAUAGUACAGCAGUAGAUCUAUGUUGGCACUCACGGAAGAAGAUGUCACUUUGAAAGGUUUCUUCUUGUCCAUGUUUAUUCCUGUUAUGUACUGCUAUCUUACAGUAGCCGUCAACAUGGUUCUUCCUCGGGGGUUCAUUAGGAAUCCAGGCUACGGGGGUCGAGCGCCACCUGGUGGAUCUCUGGUUUAUUGGGGUGAGCGCCAUCUGGUGGAUCUCUCUGGUCGUUGGGCCCAGCCAUGAAGCCAGAGGCCGUCUCCGUGAUCCUCCUCCUGUGCUCUCUGGCCUUCUGCUGCCAGCCGUCCCGGGCAGGCGUCACCUUCCUCAGCCCUGCUCACAAACCCCUGGACAAAGGAAAGCCUCGCGGCGGUCGUCAAGUGAUGGAGUUGGCCCCCCCGCUGCACGACAGGAGCUACGCUACGGUAGGCGACGACAGCAGCCAGCGCCCCCUGCUGCCCUCAGACCCCGUCAGCCAUCUCCCCUCCCCCCAGCAGGUGGCAGCACCCUUCGAGGUCGGCCUCACCCUGCAUGAGGAGGAGUUCCAGGUCUACCGGGCGCUGCACCAACUGCUGCAGAACAUCAUGGGAGACCCCGAUGCCACAGAGUGACCUUCAAAGCUCUGGACAUCGAUAAGCAUGUUCACAUCAAUUUAAUAAUUAAAGUCUGAAAAUCUAUGCAAAU